AUGACGUUCGUCCCGCUGUAUCUACGUCUGUACCCGGUCUUCCUGGCUUGCAGUUCAAUUGUAAUGUUGCAAUGGUUACAGCGUCUGAUAAAGGCUCACAAAUGUGGUGGAUAUGUUCAACAGGGCGGCUUCAGUUUGUGUCAAUGGUAUCACGCCACUGAUGUCGAGAACCGUGAGCUCUACCACGACAUGUCACUCAAGUACAUGAUGACGGCCGUCCCCCAGUUAUUAGCAGCACUACUGCUGCUUUACUACGCCUGCACAUUUUCACGAGUGUCGAGUGCCUUCGUACACCACAUGCUGGUGAAUUCUUGGCUACACCAGAGCGUGACGAGCCUCAUGAUGGCCUCACUCCUGUUCUCGGCCUUCCAUCUUUCGCUCAGCGUUUGCUGCUCCAUCCCUGCGUUAUGCCCCGUGGACCCAACAGCUUGCCAGCUCAGUCGCAUCGUGGCCUGCCCGGAGUCUGUAGCGCAUCUCACACAUUAUAACCUGUACCCACGACUGGUCCACUACAGUGCAACGUUCACCAUGACGCUCGCUUUAUCCAGCAUCGAGCCUGCACACAUCAUCAAGGACCUCAACGCACGAGUGCACCGAGCCAAGUUUAUCACAUUUUCUCGGCGCGAACCAGAGCACGAAGCUUCUGCUUCCGUUGUCUUCUAAACCUCGCACACUACUAUCAGAGAAGAAACAAAUGCAGCCAUUUCACUGCGAGAAGCUUCCUUAAUGGUCUUAUCACUGUAUCAACGCACUAAUUGCGCCCAGGGAUCUUCGAGAAAGGAUGGCUGGAAAAACACUCUUCCCGGUCCGUUAUCCGU